AUGAAGACGGUGGCCGCUCUCCUCCUGGUGGGGAUGCUCAUCCUCUGGACAGAGCUGCCGACAGGCAGCGCCUGGUCCUGCCCACAUGUACACAUCACCUGUGCAAUGCUCAACCCACCAAAUAAGUGCUUCACCGACCGGGAUUGUCCGCGGUACAAGAAGUGCUGCCCGACCUUCUGCGGGAGGAAAU